CUCUAUCCACCACUAAACAAGGGGGAUUCAUUUCACAACUUACUUGAAGGGUCUGCAAACCCUGGGCUUCACAGUUUCCAUGGAAAUGCAGGCUGAGGAGACGUGAGUGGGAUGUAAUUGUGCGGAGAAUUUCGGGCUGUUACCGGGGAACACGAGGAGAAGGGCCGUUACCAUGGAAACCGAGAUGCUGUUCAAAGCCGGCAGUUUUUACUAGAGGCGCGCGGCGGGAGAGGAGCACAAAAGACGAAAAAGGUCCAAAGUCGAAGGGAAGUAUGCGCUCACCGUCCUGAAAACAGGAACGAGGGUUGGGGAAGGAAAGAAAUAUGAGUAAAUGUUUUUUAAAAAGCGCUCGGCCAAGCCCGCAGCGGAGGGAGGGGAGUGGAUGGGUGGGUGGGUGACACCGUGACAGGGUAGAAAAUUAUGUAAUUAGAGAAGUCCAGGAAGAAAACAGGAAAGAGGCGCCGUCCAUCCACCCAUCAGGUGGCCGCUCGCCCACAUUUUGAGUAUAAAUUCCCCCUGAAUUCCAAACCAUCCGUGUUCGCUCGACUUUUCUUUUAGUCGCUUAGCCCUUAUGCCAUUUACUGCAAUUGCCGGCAUCGGUAAAUAACAAUGCAGUCCUUAGCGGAACCUUAAAUAUAACGGACGAAAAAAUAAAUAAAAGACCACAUUAAGCUUCAGUCCUGUCUGCAUUUUUAUCAUUUUUGGAGGUGGGAGUCUAGAUGGCGUUUUGCAGAAGUCACAUCUCCUGUCUUACAGUCCUGGGGACAGCCUGCCUGGCGCUCCUGCUUGUCUGGAUGGCACCUGGGACAGAAGCGGCAGUUUACCACCAUGCAGGGAAAUGCAAGCACAAGGAGAAGCUGUUCAAGCCAGGAGAGUCCUUCGCAAGAGGCUGUGAUAAAUGCUACUGCCACAAGAUGGGAUUCACCUGCGUCACACCCACAAAGCCAACAUCUUGGCCAGAAUCUUGCAAGCCCGUCUUUUCCCGGUGUGAAUAUCGCAUCGUGUCCCGGGACGACCCACACAGACAAUGCCGUGCCUACAGCUGGAUUGGAUGAAGUACGGUUGCCCACUCACAAGUGUGGCUUUUUCUUGCGCCAUCAGUUUGGUGAUGCCCUUUCUGCCACAGAGACCAAUGCGAUUCUCAAACAAACGGGGUAGUGAUGUUAAAAUGGGGGGCUGAGAUGGGUGCCAACACUCAUCUGUAAAACGAAUGCCAAAUUAUGCAAGGUGCAUACAUUUUAUUUAUUCUUCUAUAAAUACGGAUUUGAAGAUCUUUGAUGACAAUGGAUUAUAAUCUAUGCAAUCAAUGUCAACAGUACAAGUGUUACUUUUUUCAUAUUAUUGAAGGAAAGCGUGGAAGACAGAAGAACAAACUAUAGAAGCUUAAAAACCAGCCUGGUCCUCAUGACAGGAUGGCCAUGACAACGUAUUUGUCCCACAAGAACUUGUUCUUGUCAUUAGAACUGUCGUUAACUGCAAACCAUCCAACAGCAUUUGAAGAUACCAUCUUGCUUUGAGGAGCUGAUCUCCAGUCACAUUUCCAUGAUGGAAGUCACCAAAGCAGCACACAAGCCAUCACUGAAGAGGAGACAGGCCAUUCUGUCUUUAGAGGAAAGCAGGCUACAUAUUGGCUACAUUCUACACAGAAAUAAUAUGUUAUGAUGAACAAAACAUAUUCAUCUUCCCUGCAGCGGGUUUCUGGCUUUCAUCAUUUAUACAAAGCCACCUUAGGUGGUACAUCUAGCCUGAAUAUAAGAAAGCUAUAACGUAUUUAUUAAUGGCUUAAAACGCAGAAGAACAUAAAAAGCAUAUUCUUCCUGAACUACUUAAUGGUUGUGUUGAAGUUAGAGGCAAAAAUGCUUUCCGUUAUGGAAGAAGAAUUACAUUGUGAGUAGCUAGCAUGCAGUUUAAUGUAGAAAAGCGUAAAGUGCUACAUGCAGGCGACAAGAACGUCAAUUAUAAAUACAAGAUGGGAGACAGCGACCUCUGAAAAGGAUUUAGGGCUCUGUGCUGAUAAAAUGUUUUCAUUGUCUAAGCAAGGUUUCAACGUUGCUUCAUUUAGUCCUGCUUACACAAGAAAACAUGAAAUGUACCUUCUCAGUUGCAUGCAAUAAUAAGACAGAAAGAAACGGAACAAAACAAAUAGAGACAAGACAGGUUAAGGUAAGGCAGUUUGAUAAUGCAUAUUUACACAAAAAUGGUUACAGGAUACAUACUGUAUCAAACCUUAAAUCAAUUUCUACAAUAUUCCUCAUCAAAAAGUUGUAUGGCACU